AUAGCGCCACUCGGUGGAGACUCCAGAAGAGAGGCUCUUGGCAGUUUGCGUUCGACGGCUUUUCGAUAUAUAAGACUGCUCGAUGGUGGAAAGUGGUUUUCAGAAUGUUCUAAAUACUUUUCUUGGAGGUUUACUUUCAAGAUUCGCGUACCAAACCAACCGAUAUCGCGAAAUGAAGUACUUCGAUAAGAUGAAAUUUAAACGGUUAUGACGAAUUGACUUUGGCAACUUCAAGGUGGAUUGUGAUAAGUGCUGAGAGCAAGAUGAUGAAAAACUGGAUACUAGGAAUACUUACCGGAAUAAUUUCGCUUAGUGUUGCAGAUUGGAACUUCUUCAAAUGUUUUGAAACGGAAAAGAGAUGUCCAAACGAAAAUGUUACUUUUUGGCUUUACACCAGGGAAACCGAAAACAACCCAACACAGCUUAGCAUGUUCACUCCAGAUACGAUAAGACAAGCUCCAUUCGUACCGAACCGCCCCUUAAUCGUUUUAAUCCAUGGUUACACGGGUCACCGUGAUUACGCACCCAACACAUCGAUUCGCCCCGCCUAUUUGGCCUACGACGAGUUCAACAUUAUUUCACUGGACUACAAUCCGCUGGUGCUGGAACCCUGCUACUACCAAGGGGUACGGAACCUCCCAACGGUGGCCAACUGUACGGCCCAGCUGCUGGAUUUCCUCAUUGGCGAGCGAAUGUUCUCGUUGGAUGACAUUCACGUGGUGGGCUUCAGUCUCGGAGGUCAGACUUCCGGCAUGAUUGCCAAUUACCUCAAGUCGGGAAAACUGCGACGCAUAACCGGCUUGGACCCAGCGAAACCACUCUUCAUCACGGCGCCCAGCCAAUUCAAGUUGGACCAAACCGAUGCGGAAUUUGUUCAGGUGAUUCAUACGGACGUGUUCGCAAGAGGAAUUCUGCAUCCCAGUGGACACACGGACUUCUACGUCAACGGCGGAGUGGAGCAGCCAGGAUGCAAUGCCCAGUCGAUGAUGACCACCGGAGAGUGCAAUCACAACCGGGCGCCGGAAUACUAUGCGGAAUCGAUCGCCACGGAAGUCGGCUUCUAUGGGUACAGGUGCGCCCAUUGGUAUCUGUAUAUGCUGGGCUUGUGCAUGGCCAACGAAGACAGCAUGGUCGAGAUAAUGGGAGCACAUACGCCGAACACAACCCGAGGCCUCUACUUCCUGAAUGCCAACAUGAACCCACCAUACGCCCAGGGUAGAAACUUCUCGCUCAGAGAUGAAUAUCCCAUUCCAGGGUGAAGACUGCCAGAUGAUCGCGCGAAAGUAUCGAAUAUAUAAAACAAUAAAAACCGAGCAAACCUAUUCAACCUUCGCAGCUGAUGCAACAA